CACUCACCGGAAGUGGACUGUCAUUCCGAUUGUGUCCUUGUUAGCUAGUUAGCCGCCACAACGGGCAAGCAAAUGUGUGUUGUUUGGGAAGAUGAAUUAAACUGUACCUAAAUAGUGAAUCUGAACGACAUCUCCGUGAAGCUGCUUUAACAGCAUCAUGCUGCGUGUCGGGAGCAGAGCUGCCUGCGUGGCCUGCAGGAACCUGGUGGCCAACAACAUGGGGGUGAGAUUUCGGAUACCCUUGCAGAAGCUGCACCCUCUCUCCCGUGCUAUCCAUCACCGUUACUCUGGAAACUGCAACCCUCAGCGCCCUCCUCAUCGCACAGCAGCCCGCUAUUUCACUUCCAUGUCUCGGUUGCCCAUGCGGCCGCCGAAGCCUCCCCCGGGCUCUGGGGGCCACGGGUACCAGCAGCAGCGCAACUUCUGGGUGGCUCGCCUUGCUGCUCGGUUGCUGAAGCUCAGAUAUAUUCUGCUGGGGAGUGCAGUGGGAGGAGGGUAUACAGCUAAGAAGACCUAUGAUGAGUGGAAGGAAAUGCUGCCUGAUUUUAGCGAAUACAACUGGGUGAUUCCUGAUUUUGUUUGGGAACUGAGUGAACAAAUAGAUCUUGAUAAACUGGCCAAAGCUCUACCAGAGAUGGAAGAAAUAGCCAAACUACUACCCGACUUUGACAAAAUUGGGGAGAACUUCACGUUCCUCAAAAGCCUCCUCACCUCUGGUGUGAGUUUGGGUAGUGAAGUCAAAGGAGCUUCUGGUCUGCAUCUGUUGUUAGAAACUUCAGGUGAUCCUCCACUAAAGGCCACAGAUUCCUCUGCUGCAGUCGCACAUGAAGCUGGUGAUAAGCAGUACAAAAAGGGUCUGCUUGGCGAGCUCAUUCUUAUUCAGCAGCAGAUCCAGCGGCACGAGGAGGAAGUCCGACGGGCCGCUGCAGCCAGUAGUGCACGCCCCCAACCGUCAGAGCCUGCUCCGAACCCCAGCCCCCCUCAACAGUCACGUAAGUCAUCUGACAAAGAAAAGAUAGACCAGCUCCAAGAAGAGCUGCUGCGCACUCAGCUAAGAUAUCAGCGCAUGCUCGAGAGACUGGAGAAGGAAAAUAAAGAGUUGAGGAAGGUGGUGCUGCAAAAAGACGAUAAGGGCAUUCACCAACGGAAAGUGAAGAAAUCCCUUAUUGAUAUGUAUUCUGAAGUCCUGGACGUCUUGUCGGACUAUGAUGCCAACUACAACACCCAGGACCACUUACCCAGGGUCGUUGUGGUGGGGGAUCAGAGUGCUGGAAAGACCAGCGUGCUUGAGAUGAUAGCACAAGCCAGGAUAUUUCCCAGGGGCUCAGGAGAGAUGAUGACACGCUCUCCUGUCAAGGUAACAUUAAGUGAAGGCCCUCACCACGUGGCCAUGUUCAAGGACAGUGGCCGAGAGUUUGACCUAACCAAGGAGGAAGAUCUGGCUGCUCUCAGGCAUGAGAUUGAGCUGAGGAUGAGGAAAAGUGUGAAGGAAGGACAGACAGUCAGCUCUGAGACAAUAUCCUUGAGCGUUAAAGGGCCUGGCAUCCAGAGGAUGGUACUCGUUGACUUACCAGGUGUAAUCAGUACUGUGACUGCUGGCAUGGCAACAGACACUAAGGAAACCAUCUUCAGCAUCAGCAAGGCCUACAUGCAAAACCCCAAUGCAAUCAUUCUCUGUAUUCAGGAUGGCAGUGUGGAUGCAGAGCGGAGCAUUGUAACAGACCUGGUUAGCCAGAUGGACCCUCAGGGAAAGAGGACCAUCUUUGUCCUGACCAAAGUGGACCUGGCUGAGAAGAACCUGGCCAGCCCAAGCAGAAUUCAGCAAAUAGUGGAAGGCAAGCUGUUUCCCAUGAAAGCCCUGGGCUACUUUGCUGUUGUAACAGGAAAAGGAAGCAGUGCUGAAAGCAUAGACUCUAUCAAAGACUAUGAAGAGGACUUCUUUCAGAACUCUAGGUUACUCAGGGAUGGCAUGCUGAAAGCUCACCAGGUGACCACAAAGAACUUGAGUCUGGCCGUCGCUGACUGCUUCUGGAAGAUGGUGCGGGAGUCUGUAGAGCAACAAGCUGAUGUCUUCAAAGCUUCACGAUUCAACCUGGAGACAGAAUGGAAGAACAACUACCCUCGUCUAAGAGAGCUGGACAGGAAUGAACUGUUUGAAAAGGCUAAAAAUGAAAUCUUGGAUGAAGUCAUUAGUUUGAGUCAGGUGACUCCACAACACUGGGAAUCUAUUCUACAGAAAAAGCUGUGGGAACGUGUUUCCACCCAUGUAAUUGAGAACAUCUACCUGCCUGCUGCCCAAACAAUGGACUCUGGUACCUUUAACACCACUGUAGACAUCAAGCUCAAACAGUGGACUGACAAGCAGCUCCCACACAAAGCACUGGAGGUUGCCUGGGAGACACUGCAGGAGGAGUUUGCCCGCUUCAUGGCUGAAUACAAAGGCAAAGACCAGGAUGACAUUUUUGACAAGUUGAAGGAGGCCGUGAAGGAUGAGAGUAUCAAGAGGCAUAAGUGGAAUGAGAGGGCCCUGGACAGCCUGAGGGUGAUUCAGCACAAUGCCCUCGAAGACCGCUCCAUCACAGACAAGCCCCAGUGGGAUGCAGCAAUCCAGUUCAUGGAGGAAACCUUGCAGUCACGCCUCAAAGACACUGAAUCAGUAAUCAAAGACAUGGUGGGCCCAGACUGGAAGGAGAGGUGGCUGAGUUGGAAGAAUCGUACGCCAGAUCAGCAUAUUCGGAAUGAAACAAAAAAUGAGCUGGACCGCCUGCUGAAGCUGCACGAUGAGCACACGGCUUACCUGGCUAAUGAUGAAGUCACCACAGUACGGAAGAACCUGGAGGCACGGAGUGUAGAAGUUGACCCGAUGCUGAUCAAGGAUACGUGGCAUCAGCUUUAUCGGCGACACUUCUUACAGAAGGCACUGUCACACUGCAACCUCUGCAAGAGGGGUUUCUACUACUACCAGAGACACUUUGUUGACUCUGAGUUGGAGUGCAAUGAUGUGGUGCUGUUUUGGAGGAUACAGAGGAUGCUGGUUAUAACAGCCAACACUCUACGACAGCAACUCACCAACACUGAAGUGCGCCGAUUGGAGAAAAAUGUGAAGGAAGUGUUGGAUGACUUUGGAGAAGACAUGGAAAAGAAGACCCAACUCAUAACUGGCCGCCGAGUCCAGCUGGCUGAGGAUCUCAAGAAAGUUCGUGAGAUCCAGGAGAAACUUGAAGCCUUCAUAGAAGCUCUUCACAAGGAGAAAUAGAUGAACCAGAGCUCUUGAAAAUAAAGUUUGGAUCACAACAGAGAAAUGCACUGAGCAAAGACGACUCAUCUGUAAAUGACUGUCUUCGCCCCAAACACUCACCACACACAACAUACCCACCCCCCCCACCCCGCGGACACCUAUGGAGAGACGGCCCUGCACAGAGCGAUAAGAUGAAGGAACAGUUUUCAGGCUUUCUCUGCGAUUUUCUUGUAACUUUUUCUUGGGGUGACCAGAGGGACUUCUGUACAGGAGCCCAAACCUAAUAAGAAGCUUGCAGAGUCCUGUCAGACGUCUGACCACUUGUUUUCAAUAAAUGAGUAAAUUGUG